CUAUGGCCAUAUUUGGGUUGGCAUCGGGGGAGCGAAGGGGUGAGCAUUUCGAGAGACUAAUAAGGGCUUUUGUCUGUCGUCUAUCUGAGGAAAAAGACCCAAACGUUGUUUUCUCAUAAGUUGACUGCGUCACGUUCACAGCAAGGAGCGACGUCCUGCUGCACUGAUCAGAGCUGUGAUUGUAGGAACUCUGACACACGCAACCUUUGCAAAAGAAAAAAAAAUAUCACACUGGAAAAAACUGUCAAGAGACGCAGAGAAACAUGACGACACUGCUUGACCUGAAGAGUAGUGUGCUAAGGCAGGUCCAGAGGAGCCAGUCUCUGAGGACUCGGAGGGAGGCCCCGCCCACUGCCAGCAGUCCCCUCACACACUGUCCUACGGAGCCUUUACCUCGCAGGAUUUCAGGGGAAAGUGCGGAGUUCUUUGAGCGUAUGAAUGCCAUCCUGCAGAAACAGGAGAACAUGACGCGGGCAGCCCAGGCUGAGUGCCAAAGAGGGCCAUGCACAAUGCCUCCACCACAAGAGCAUGUGGACCAGGGCUUUAUAUCUGAAAGGGUCAGCAGGACAGAGCUGGAUCUGCUUUAUGAGGAAGCUGUGUACACGGUGGUCAACAGGGUUGGUGUGCCUGCUCCAGAACAUGUGAAAAGUGACGACGAGCUGUUUGCUUACCUGCUGAAGGUGUUUGACAUGGGUGAUGAGGAACAUGAGAUCAUUCUUCAAAAAGUUCAAGAAUCAAAGCGAGCCAGUUUUUCCUUGAGAGUCUCUGUUAUGAAAGCAAAGAGCCUGAUGGCCAAGGAUGCAAAUGGGUACAGUGACCCCUACUGCAUGCUGGGAAUCCUGAUGGGUCAGAGCCCUCGAGAAACUGAGGAGAAGAAGGAGAGAAAAUUCAGCUUCAGAAAGAGGAGGGAAAAGCUGGAGAAACGCUCUAGCACCAAAGAAGUUUUACCUGCCAGAUGCAUUCAGGUGACCGAAGUCAAGCCAGAGACUCUAAACCCAGUGUGGGAUGAACACUUUGUGUUUGAAAUAGACGAUGUUCACAAUGAUCUCUUGCAUCUGGACAUAUGGGACCAUGAUGAUGAUGUAUCUGUUGCAGAGGCCUGCAAAAAGCUCAAUGAAGUCAGUGGGCUUCGAGGAAUGGGCAGGUAUUUUAAGCAAAUAGCAAAGUCAGUGCGUUCCAAUGGCUCAGCGUCAUCGGGGUCUGAGGAGAAUGUUGACGACUUCCUCGGAUGCAUCAACAUUCCUUUGAACGAAGUUCCUGUUGCUGGAUAUGAUACCUGGUUUAAGCUGGAGCCACGGUCAAGUGCAUCUAAAGUUCAGGGAGAAUGUCACCUUAUUCUGAAAGUCUUCACUAGCCAGAGAGACACAACUUUAUCAAAGAGGGACACAAAUGUCUCCAUUCACAAGAAACUUUUGAGUCAGAUUGUGGAGUACGAGCAUGCUCAAGUUAAGAGAGAGCCUUACAACUGGAAUGGACAGGUUUCUCCUCCAGCAUGGACUGUACUAACUCACCAUGCUGUGCAAACUGAUCUCUCACCUCUACAGCAGGCUAUUGUGCGCUGGCAGUGCUACAGCAACCAUCAUCGGAACCAGAGGCUGUGCUACUCCCUGCUGCUGCGCCUCCUGAGGACCAUCGAUGCAGAGUGGGACCCUCCCACCGUGAGGGGAGACCUGGAGAGGCAGCUGUCAGACAGCUUCAGACUGUACACAGAGCACUGCCUGUGCCUGAUGAAGAACAUGCGUCAGGUUUUCCCCUGCACAAGCGCUGCUGCCAUUACACGCUACGAGCUCAUGCUGAGGGGGAUUGGCUACAUGCAAAACAUGAGGGCAUUUAAGACUGUUUGUCCUCUCCGAAAUGAGCUUCAUUUGGACAUCACCACUGCUGUCAAGAAAGGAUCAUCUGAGUGGUAUGAAAGCUUAAUUGCCCAGUACAAACCAGAGGAAGGGUCUCUGGAGGAGCAGCUGAAAAAAAUGGUUCAGGUGAUUGACGCAGUUUGUGCAGACAUACAGAGAGGCCAAAACAUCUACAACAAACUCUUCUACAGUGCUGUGAAAGUAGAUUACUUCAGCAUAUCAUACAGGCAGCUGGAAAAACAGGUAGCAGAUGAUGUAAAUGUAGCAAUGGAGCGGGUCUGUGGCACUCUGGAGCAAGAGAGCUCCAGACUGACUCAGACUAUGGGGGAAACCAUCUUCGAACUCUUCAUGUCUUUGAAGAUCCUCAAGGGCUUUCGAGAGUUUCUUCCCCUCAAAGAUGCCAAAAUGUUGGCCCUGACUGGCUUUCAUAACUGGUUCAAGUCAUCAAUUCAUAAGUUCCUGCAGAUUGUUCAUGACAGAUCCUGUGACAGAAUCCGCAAAGCUGUGGAAACAGAUCAGCUUCAGCCUGUGCAACAAGCCAAACACAGUUGCUCAGCAGUGGAAGUGACAGCUUGCUUCAGCCAGGUACGCAAGAUCUGGCUCCAGCUGUCCUGGCCAGACUCUGCGGGGGCCUUCAUCUUUGUCACUCGUCUGACAGACAACUUCUGCAAUGAAGCUGUUUGCUACUCGGAGAUGAUGACGCGCAAGAUUGAGAGGAACCAGCUGGCCCGAGACCACAAGAAUUUCACAGUGCAGAUCUGCAUCGGCCUGAACAACGUGGAGCAUGUGCGUGUUUUCCUGGCUCACCUGCCUCGAGACCUGGACUGGCCUGGCGUGGAGCGGGCCAUGGAGGAGUCGUGUGGAGCGGAGGGGAAAGAGCAGGUCUACAAAGCCCUCAACGGGCAGCUGUUCAACAUGGACCUGGACCUGCAAAGAGAAGCCAAGCGCCUCAUCACAGUGCUCACCGACAAGAUGCUGCCUGAACUGCGGCGGUACAUUCAGCACAUCAGCUUGUCUCCGGACUCCAUCAACAAUGACGACGCUGUUUGCCCCCUCAUGAAGUACCUUCAAGACACGAUGGUCAUCCUGACAGCAAACCUUGUUAAGGAAAAUCUUACCAGAGUUCUGCAGAGCAUGUGGGAGCUUCUCCUGCGAAUGAUCCUGGACGCGGUCACAGAAAACAGGGGUGUUCAGGUGGAGUUCUACAACCGCUUCCAGUACACAGUUGAGACCCUGUUGCAGUUCUUCCAUGUUAAGGGUGACGGUCUGGCCUUGGAAGACAUGAAAAGUGGAGACUACAAGGUCUUGGAUGAAGAGCUCAGGCUUAACAAAUGUUCCUCCUUUGAUCUGAUUGAGCAGUACUACCUGGAGAAGAUUUCCCUCCAGAAAACACUCAAGCAUACGCCUUAUGGUCGAAUCAGUGUGAAAUGCUACUACGAUCCUCCAGAGCAGAGACUCACAGUGGAGAUUUUGCACGCUGCAGACAUUAUCGCAUUGGAUGCUAAUGGUCUUAGUGAUCCAUUUGUGAUUGUGGAGCUUUGUCCUCAUCACCUCUUUCCAGCAGCCAAGAGUCAACGCACUCAAGUGAAGCUAAAGACGCUGCAUCCAGUAUUCGAUGAACUGUUUUAUUUUCAUGUCAGUCCUGAACAGUACAGGCACAGGUACGCCUGUUUGACUUUCACUGUGAUGGACUAUGACUGGCUGUCGACCAACGACUUUGCUGGAGAAGCCGUCGCUCCACUCAGCGACUUCUGCUGGCCGGGGAGACCCAAUGCCUCAGCUGCCGGAAAGAAUGUCCAGCCCGUCAUUCUGCACUUGUCCCGCAGCAAACCCAGUGAAAAGCCAAUCAUGAGGAUGUUGGACGCUCGCACGGGAGACAGGGAGGCUCAGGAGUUCGUUCGCAGGCUGAAGGAGAUUGAGAAGUCGAUGGAGGAGGACUAAGAGCUGUUAGUAUUGGUUGUAUUCAUGUUUUCUGAUCACAUCUUGCGACACGUGCUUUUGUACUUGUAACAAUGUUUACAAUAUUUACCCUUUCUUUUCCAAUGUAUUGUUUGCUCGGUAAUUAUACCAAAAUGAAAAGAACAUGAGGAUGUUUUCUUACUGGAAAAUGAACCUCCAGUCACUGUGCAACUCUAUGCUGUCUCAGUUUAACUAUAUUUUAGAAGUCAAUGGAUAGUUGAUACUGAAUGUUACUAGUCUAUAUUUUUUGUAAUGAAGUAAUUGUUAUGUUUGUUGUAUAAUAUUUGAUAUGAUAGAUUUAACAUUUAAAAAAAUAUUUUGUGAAAGUAGCCAACAUAUAGCUCUCAGUCUUAAGUCUAAAUCUAUACCUCAGAUAUGUUUAUUGAAUACAGACGUGUUUUGAUGGGGGUUCUUCACAGGUAAUGUGAGUGCAAUUGGAUGGAAGCUUAUUUAGGGUGUUCACCUGCUAUAGCAUCCAUCAUAAUUAAUGGCACCUAUGGAAAGGAUGUGUUAAUCUGUAGGGAGUUUGAUUUGAUUUAACUAUUACUCUGUCUAAAGAUAUGGGAAAGCUUAGACUGAGUAAUCUAUUUCCUUUACGACUAAAAUCUCCACACAUCUGUCCAACCUGCAUGCCAAUUUUCUUGUUUUUCUCACUAAAAGUUGUGGUAAGAAGAAGCAAAUUUAUGUCACAUCCUUUGUUAAACCACAGGAAAGCAAGAUGUUGCUUGACAUGCAAAUCCACCUUAAAACAGUAAAUAAUAAUUGAAGUACAAUUAUUUUUACAGUGGAGUAGAAAUUACAAAUAAAAGGAGUAAUAUAAUGCCACAGAGGAGUAAAUUUCUACAAAAAACUUUGUGAGAUCAAUUUCACAUAUUUACAAGAAAAUACUUAGAUAUUCUCUGAUGUUAAAAACUUUGUUUAAAUAUUUUAUCCGAAUUUUUUGUGUUGUAAAUUUGCAAAUAACUUCCCCGUAGCCAAUUAUUUUAUGAAAUCUUACUUUUCACUAAUUUUCUUAAUGCAGAAAAUUGUGCCACAUUUCAUGUUAUUGAAAGGUAGGAUUAUUUUAUUUUAUUUUAUUUUACUUUGGGGCUUGGUGCUAUUAAGGAGCACUAAGGGGUGCCAUUAACUGUGGAAAGUGCUGGAUGAUUUAUUCUUUGACGCUUCUUAAUAUAAACAUAAUAAGACAUUAAUUGUAAGAACACAAUUUUGGGUAGUCGUAAAUUUUAAGCUUGUGGGCCAGUGAGAGGUCUGCAGCAACAAGGUCUAACAUUUCCUCGCACACAAGUCACUGUGUGCUUUCAUUUAACUUUUAAUCACCUUGCAUUAACAUGAAAAGUCACCAAAGAAACCAAUGACAAGAGACUUCAGUGUUAUAAAAACUUAGUCACCUACCUCUUUCUUUUUUCCUGUUUGCACAAGAGCAACAGGUUAACUGAAAGCUGUUUUAUGUUUAUUCAAAGCUUUUAUAUAAAGAAUAUCUUACCUAACGCUCACCUAAUUCAUGAAAAACUUGAUAAAAUACUUGCUGAGUAAUAUAAAGUGACCCAGUGAGUUCAGAUCAUUUCAAAAAUGUUAUAUUUUGUUCAGAAUUGAACAAAUUAAUGAACAAAUGACUCUAAAGAGUUCAAGGAAUGCAUUUCUAGGACUGACCUCCACUUUCUCUCUUUGUCCUUCACAUUUUUAUUCUGAUGGAGGCAAAAAUACUGCAUCCUCGUUUCAGAAAUGCCAGCGUCUCAUUCUUAAAGGAAAACCAGGCUAAUUGGUUUGGAUUCGCACAUGUAGUGUUCAGAAUCCACCAGAAAACGACUUCAGGCGUCACAGUGCCUGGGAUAUGAAAGCUUUUAAUCCAUGAAGGCCUUCGUUUAUGUUUUAAAUAUGAAUCUGUUCCAUGGUUUGACAUUUUCUCUCUCAAGGUGAAGAGAAGUGAGGAUAAUGACACGUGCAGUGGUAUAAUUGCACUUGAGGGGAAAAGAAAGUCCUACCCUCUGCAGCAGCUCUCUCUGGCCUGACAAGCAGAAUUAAGCUUGAGCUCCAAACACUCUUUUAGUGGAGCUGGAAGACUGGAACCUUAAUGCUGCUGCAAAAAAGAUGAGGGUCACACUUUGACCUGGAAUCCAACCACCUUACCUUGUGAAAAGGACAUUCAUAUUACAUGGUUAUGCAAAAUAAGGAGUAUUAAACAGGCUUCAAAAAGCACAAAAUAUCUCAGUGUUGCUAUUGCAAGUUGACAAAUAGUUAAGUAAAUAUUGAUUAGAUUAAUCCUAGCUUGGUCAAAAAUUUCUCAAUACAUAUGUUUACUUUAUUAAAGGUAUUAUGGAUUUUUUUUUAAAUGCACAAAUGGGCAAAUUUGCUGGUACCUUUAGUACAUUUUAGUAUGUUAAAAAUUGUUAAAAAGUAAAUCUCUUCUCAUAUUAAUUUCACCUUUAAUGUAAGAACUUUUGUGCUUGGUGAGGAUUAUUCCAUGUAGCAUUUCCUUUUUGUGAUAAAACAUUCAGCACUAGAAAACCUGUUUAGUCAGACUUAAAUUGUGCCACAUUUGUAAAGAAAUGUAUUUGUGGGUGGAGCAGGAGAGCUGAGUGGGCUGCACCUUUGACUAACUUAUCAAAUGUUCUCAGCCAAUUUCAACAGCUUCUGGUUGAGGCAGUGUUGUGAUCUGGGAUAGUACAUCCCUCAUUGGAAAAAUUAGGCUUUUUAGCCUUGCCAAACUAUUGAAGAGGUUUGAAAUAAAUCUUGUAAGCUGUGCAUGAUAUCUGGCUGUAUAUUUGGAUGCUUUGUCUGGUUUAUGACACAGAGAGGAUUUGCAGAGUUAUUCAUGAGCCAAACCUACUUACUCAACUCUGCUAUUCAACCCACAAACACUUUUUCCCUACAAAUGUUCCACUCUAAACCAUAAAAGCUUUCCGAAAGUAAACCUACACAUAUUCAAAAAAAAAAAAAAUAAUAAUAAUAAACAAAGAUACAAUUGUUUUUCCCACUGAGUAAACACAUUCGAAGUAAAAGUUUUGACAUUUUUAUUGCCACAUUACCACAUCUGAACACAACUUUAUUUUAGGAUUUUUCAAAGUCUUCUACAGGAGUGCUAGCUAAGAACAAAUAAGAGCUUUUGCCCAUUUAGGCUUUUGGGGGUUUCUGAAACAUAUGAUAUUGAUAUUUUUUUCACAAUUUCAAAUCAGUCUCUAAGUUGAAGUAAAGAAAGUGUAGCAGGUACUCGGCACCAAAAUCCUCACACCGACAGCAUUUUGACAAUGACGUAACUUUUUAGUAGCUGCUUGUGUAGUGCUUUGCUGUAAACGUGAAGUUGUGAGAAUAAAGCACUCAGAAAAAAAUAACAGAAAAGAAAACAUUAAAAUACAAACAUGUUUUGCAUUACAGGGUUUGUUCAGGUGUUCAGGAAGCCUGCUUUCUUACAGGUGCAGGGAGUCAUUCAGUAUGUCUGAACAGCACUUGCAUUUAUGUUUGUUUAGUUUAUUUUUGAGAUGUGGCAUUUAGUUACCCCCUAGAAGACAAGCGCAGCUUAUUAAGGUAAUAGUUGAAUAGCUAACAGUGUUUGAUUGGCAUUCGUCCUCAAAAACUUUAAUUUAUUACCUACAAAUGUUUACAAAGAACAAUGCAACCUCAUUUUGAGUAUAAACAGACAUUAAAAUUUAGAUUAGGGUCAUGAUAUAGUAGCCAUUUAUAUCUUUAUAAAGACAGUAUUAAGGGGAGUAGUUUUAAAUUCAGGAUCCUCUCUUUGGAAUAAUAAUAAUAAUAAUAAUAAUAAUAAUAAUAAUAAUAAUAAUAAUAAUAAUAAUAAUAAUAAUUUGUUAAUAUUCAGUCACAGUAAACUAGUUGUGUUUUUGUGACCAACAUAAAAAAGGGGCAAAACAUAAGUUUAAAAAAGCAUGUUUUAGACAUGCACAAAUUGCAACAAUAGUUAAAUUUCUCCCCAUAUAAUGAUUUCCUUAAUUUUGAUGAUUUUUCUUCAUAUUUCAGAGAUCAAAGCUAGUAAAAACUGUCUAAAGUGGAAAAAAACUUUGAAAUUGUUAUUGUUAAAGUGAAUCAUUUGUCAUUGAAUUGUAAAUGCCUGUGUUGCUGUUUAUUAGAUAAUAACUUUAGAAAAUGUCCCUGACCCAAUAAAGACUGUAUUUAAAUUUCA